AUGAGUAACAAAAGUGGUGAAUUGGCACAGGGGAAUAAUGGUGAUGCUUCCCUUCCCUCUCCUAAUCCUCAGCCUCAGCCUGGGCCACAAGAUCAUCGACGUUCUCAUAGUAGCCAUGGCAAUCCGAUUUUCAAGAGUGGUCCACUUUUCUUAUCCUCCAAAGGAAUUGGGUGGACAUCCUGGAAGAAAAGGUGGUUUAUUUUAACACAAAAUUCACUUGUUUUCUUCAGAAGCGAUCCAAGUGUUGUUUCUGAGAAGGGAGAUGAAGUGAAUUUGACCCUUGGUGGCAUUGACCUCAACAAUUCAGGCAGUGUUGUUGUCAAAGCAGAUAAGAAACUUUUGACAGUACAAUUUCCUGAUUUUCGUGAUGGACGAGCAUUCACACUUAAGGCCGAAACACUUAAAGAUUUAUAUGAGUGGAAGCUCGCACUUGAGAAUGCUUUGGCACAAGCACCAAGUGCUGCCAAUGUGGUGGGCCAAAAUGGUAUCUUCAGGGGUGAUCAGACUGAUUCACAUAAUACUUCUUUGGACCAAUUGAAGGAUAGAGAUGCAGUGAAAUAUAAAGUUAUUGGCCGGCCAAUUUUACAUGCUUUGGAGGAAGUUGAUGGAACACCAUCCUUUUUGGAGAAAGCCCUGAGAUUCAUUGAAGAGCAUGGAGUCAAAGUAGAAGGGAUCUUGCGACAAGCAGCCGAUGUUGAACAUGUUGAAAAUCGAGUGCGAGAAUAUGAAACAGGAAAAGUUGAGUUUUCUGAGGAGGAGGAUGCCCAUGUUAUUGCUGAUUGUGUUAAGCAUGUACUUCGACAACUACCAUCUUCUCCAGUCCCUGCAUCUUGCUGCAAGGCGCUUUUAGAAGCUCGUAGAACUGAACGUGGCAGUAGGGUUUCUGCAAUGCGUGCAGCAAUAUGUGACACUUUUCCUGAACCAAACCGCCAUUUGUUGCAAAGAAUACUGUUGAUGAUGCAAAGUGUAGCUUCCUGCAAAGCUGAAAACAGAAUGAGCUCAUCAGCUGUGGCAGCAUGCAUGGCACCAUUACUUCUUCGCCCCCUUCUAGCUGGGGAUUGUGAGAUUGAAAAUGAUUUUGAUGUUGGUGGUGAUGGUUCUCUUCAACUUCUACAAGCAGCUGCUGCAGCUAACCAUGCUCAAGCAAUUGUUAUUACUUUAUUAGAAGAAUAUGACAGCAUAUUUGGGGUAGGUUUAAUUAUAUCUUUCACUUUUUUACUGCAGGAAGGUUCUGUGUCCCCUGGCCCUGAUAUGUACUUUGACUCAGAAGAUAGUGGAUCUGAGAGUGAGGAGGCUACGGAUGAUGAUUUGUCUUAUGAUGAUUAUUAUGAUGACGAGGAAGAUGACUCAAUACAGGAAUCUGAUGUAGAUGCAGAUGAUGAUGUUGUUAGUCAAACUGACAGCGAAACUGGAGACUCUACGGCCAAUGACGAGUAUGAUGAUAAGGACCAUGAUCUUUCUAAUUCGAGGUCAGAAUUCUCGGUGGUGAGCGAAGAUCAUUCUGAAGUCGAGCAGAUGUUGUCAACAACUUCACUUAAAGUCUCCCUGCCUCGACAUGAAGAUAUCAAAAGCUGUGAAAAUGUCACAAGCCCAAAUAAGACUGCUUGGGAAAAUGAGUCCAAUAAGCCUGCUGAUAUCGUUGGAGGCUUUCCCACUGGCCAAACUACAAUGCAUAAAUCAAAUUGCCCUAACCCUUCUUCAUGUUUGAACAAAUCUAUAACCAUAUCCAAUGUCCCAGCACCUCGUCGCCGUAUUGUAUUGGGGCGAACCUCUGCAAGGAAGAACCUUUCAAUGGAGUCCAUUGAUUUUCUUGAUGAUGAUGAACCUGAAAUUGAGAGGCUCGAGACUGUUAAGACAGAAUUGCAAAACCAAAUUGCAGAGGAGGUGAAGGUAAAGCUACAAUCUGAUAUGGAAACACGAAAGAAAGCCUUGCAAGAGCGUCGUCUGGUUCUUGAGCAAGAUGUGGCUAGACUACAGGAACAGUUGCUGGAGGAGAGGAGGUCUCGGGCAACUCUUGAAACCAAGGCAGAUCUUGAGGAAUUAGUGCUGAUAGAAGUAGACCUUGCCAACCUAGAGCGGAAGGUUGGUGAGCUUGGGUCGCGGCUUAAUGUACAACUCGAGCGGAACUAUGGUUCUUUGUUGGAUUUAUGCAAUCAAACCCAACAGAUGUCAAAUCAUGAAAGAAAUUUGGAGAAUAAGCCUGAUGCUGAAGUUGCAGCCACUUCAGAAUCUGACAGGUCAAUAAGUCAGGACACUCAUUUUGGUGUAGCAGUAAAUGAUAAUGAGAGAAUGCCAGAGUCACCUUUACCAAACAAACAUCCACCAAGUUCCAAGAAAUCUGGUACAAGGGGUGAGGGAGCAAAUUCCACUACUUCUGCACUAACAAAACUGACAUCCAGACUAUUUUCGAAGGAUCGCCGUAAUCAGAUUUCAGAUGAACCCCAAAAUAUGGAUAAAGGCCAAGAGUUAAGUCAAUCCUCACAGAACCUGGAAAAAGGAAAAGGAUCAGAGUCUCGAGGAUUUGAAUGUUACCUACCACUUCUAUCACCCAAUUGGUCUCGAGUAUCUGAAAACCAUUCUCCAACAUACCCAGAGAACAGUAGAGGCUUAGGCAGUCCAUCAUAUAGACUCAGAAAAUCAGAUAGUCAACCAGGUCAUCAUCUAAAUAGACAGAAUCAAUAUUCACAAGCAUACUUAAAAAGAGGAAUGUCAGAAGGGCAUCGUCAUCAGUCUUAUAAUGUGGAUAAAGGUAGAUUAUUUUAAGGCCAAUCUUUUUUUACACUGAAUAAGUUCCAGAUGAUAGGGGGCCAUUGCAAUCAUUCAGCAUUGUUCUUGUCCAAAUGCGGCAUUGCCAUAUCCUCAACAAUAUUUUGUGUGGUUUAUGAAAUGUGGUGAGAGAAUAAUCCUUCCCUGACACUGCUGGCACAGAGGCCUAUAUUCAAAGAAGCAGCAUUUCAUUUACCCCAAUAUGCAGGAUGUGCAAGGCAGAGUUCAGCCAUCCCCAUGACAUAAGCCAAAAACUGUGUAACAUAACAUGCUGAUUGUUGCUGGCUAUUGUGACAAGCAUGUUGGUUUUUGUUAUUACAUUAUCGUAUUAGUAACUGCAUUAAUAUUGA